AUGUCCUCACACAAAAUCUCUAGUUCACAACGUUUCGCCACGACGCCAGGUCCUAAGGCGGACGAAGAAUACCGAUUACUUGCCGACGAGAUGAAAGGAGACUUUUUUGGACCCAUGCCUGUCUCAGAGUUUCUCUCCUCCUUCAUGCAGAAACCACGCAAGAACCCGCCCAAGGGCUACGUUGAAGCAUUCAAAACUGUACCCAAGAAUGGAGAGCCAGGCAUUGAAGACGGAUUUAUUCGUGCUGUACAUGAAGCGGAACUCUGCCCCCAAUUCAUUUUUGUCAACACUACCACACGCACGGACGCAAAUUACGAGCGAAAACCAGACAUAUCUGUUUACCGAAAAGCUCCUGGAUUCAAGGAGAGAAAUACAAACUUUCGGAUAAUGGAGCUAUGUAUCGAGCGCAAGCCAGAAGACCAGGACCCCUUCACAGAUCCCCAUCCGAGUGCAACAUCUCGCGACACACACUAUUUCUUGACUGACACGCUGGAGGCGAUACACCAUCGAGGACAAAUCUGCUCAUACGCGGGCUGCCAGUUCUCUGUGCAAAACUUGGUGUUCAUGUUCUCUAUGCUCUUGCUUGGUGACUAUGUCCGCUUCCUUCGAUGGGACCGCGCGGGAGCCAUAGUCACCGAACGGGUCAAUUGGAGAAAGAACCCUGAGAUGCUCGCUACGUUUCUGUGGCGGUUUGACCGUCUCCCCUCAGAUCAGCGUGGUCACGAUCUUUCAGUCUCAAAGCCCACAGCUAAACAGAUCCGAGUGGCAAAGCGGCAUCUCGACAAACGAGCCAUUUUUUUAGCCAAGCUUUUAGGACAAGACGAGAAGAAAGCGAGAGGCCAGUACUACUCAUCAGACGAAACAUUUCGCAAGUUUCGUAUGAUGGAUGAAGAUGGUCCUAGAGGAAACCGGGGGCGUUUCUUUGUGGCAUCCAGUCCUCAGUGGCAGAGUGGCAGCCCGACAGGGAGAGCCACGGAUGGGUACAUUGCUUAUGAUACUAAACAAAAGAAGCUUGUUUAUUUGAAGAACAGCUGGCGGUACCUAGAGGACGGGCUCGAGAAGGAGGGAGAUACAUAUAAGCUUCUCGAAGAGCAUAACGUGGCCGGAAUCCCGAAACUGGUAUGCGCAGAGGAUGUCAAGGACUAUGAGACACGCACGCACGAGUUUAGUGGAGCAAGAUGGUGCUGCAAGGUAUCCGAGCCCCCGAGUCGGCACAGGCUUUACCGGCUGGUGCUAGGCGAUAUCGGACGGCCUUUGAGCAAAUUCACAUCCACAAAACAGCUUUGUAGUGCUGUACGCGAUGCAUCCAAAACGCACGCGCAAGCAUAUGCCGCAGACGUGCGACAUGGUGAUAUCAGUGGAGGCAACAUCUUGAUAUCAGAUGAAGGAAAAGGCAUGUUGAUUGACUGGGAUCUGUCUGUGAGGUUGCUACCUGGUGUCGACCAGGCAACGCAGACAAAGUUGCAAACGGGGACUUGGCAAUUCGUCUCGGCCGCCCGACUCCUAGAUCAUCAAAGUAUGCGACAUGAACGCCGCGAUGAACUAGAAUCCGCUCUUCACGUGUUGCUCUACCACAGCAUCCGCUACCAAGCGAGCAAAGUUUCUCCGGAACAACUUGGGGACCUUCAAGACGCGGUUCAAACCCAUUUUGACAGUACUCGCAGAACCAUAGAGGGGAGAACAUACGGAGGAAAAGGGAAGCUGGCCUACUUCAUGCUUGAUCCUCCCCCUGCCUUCCGAGAGUCGCAGCUUGACAUUUUCCUCACCGCUCCGCAUGUCGAUCUUAUCGAGACACUUCGAAGACUGUUUAUCCCGCUCUACACCGAUGCAAAAUCUCUGAAGCGGGUCACUGACCUGGCGAAAUCUCCAGAUGCUGCUCUAGAAGUCCUCACAACUUCGGACCGAUUCAUCGAGAUCUUCGACACGCAACUCGAGGGACAGGGAUGGAGGGAUGAUGACACUAGUGACGAGCUGCUCGGAUGUGAUAGGUUCCUUACCACGGCGACCGGCUUGGUAGGGGUGACUCGGCACAGUAGGCUGAAGCGGACGUCUAAUCAGGCCAAUUUAGACAAUGGCUCCGCAGGAAGUGCAGCAAAGCGAUCCCGAAAGGAGUCUACCCCAGGGUCCCUUCCUUCUGCAGUCGAAUCCGAAGAGGAAAAAUAG